AUUCAGUGUGGAAUUUUCAAACUUCCUUGGAAUCGCCUAUCCACUUAUAAGCCUCUCAGUAUCAGUGCUACCUUCACCAAGAUUGCCCAACUCGGUCCCCUUCUCAGCUUCAUCAAUGUCCAACUCGGCCCCCCACUCAGCUCCCCCAACCCAACGCCAGCACCAACAACAGCAACGGUUAUGGCGUUCUCCCCUUGUGUUUUCAGUCAUGGUUCCUUUAAUGGCGGCCGUGUUUUUGUACCAACUCGACUCCUUCCAGCCAGCUCACAUGCCUGUCGACGGCCUCAGUUAUCCGGGGGUGAAAGCACCGAAGCGAAAUGAUCGUAUAUUGCAAGGAGCGGAGCUGCUGGGCCUGGGAGUCCUCCCGGGACCCGAAGAUAUUGUUUAUGACUCUCGGUUGAACGUCAUCUACACGGGGUGUGAAGAUGGGUGGAUUAAGCGAGUCACGCUCAACGACUCGGUGGUUGAGAACUGGAUCAACACCGGCGGGAGGCCGCUUGGGCUGGCUCUUCGAGAUAAUGAAUUCGUCGUUGCUGACGCUUACAAGGGGCUGCUGAAGAUAAAUGCAAACGAAAUCGAGCUGCUAACGGAUGAGGCUGAGAGCCAAAAGUUCAAGCUGACAGAUGCUGUAGAAAUUGCAGAAGAUGGCAUGAUAUAUUUCACAGAUGCCUCAUAUAAAUAUGACGUAUCUGAGGUUAAUUGGGACUUUUUGGAGGGUAAGCCUUUCGGUAGAUUAUUAAGUUUUGAUCCCGUAACAAAGAACACUAAGUUGUUGCUUCAUCAUCUCUACUUUGCCAAUGGAGUCACAAUUUCCCCGGAUCAAACUUUUCUCGUUUUCUGUGAGACCUUCAUGAGAAGGUGCAGCAAGUAUUAUAUUAAAGGGAAGGAAGCCGGCCACCUGGAAAAGUUCAUCGAGAAUUUGCCUGGAAUUCCUGAUAACAUUCACUAUGAUGGAGAGGGGCUUUACUGGAUUGCUUUUGCCUCGGAAUUCACAAGACAGUUGGAUCUAAUGUUUCGAUAUCCAUUCAUCCGAAAGUUUGCAGGAAUUCUUUAUAAAUACAUGGGAUUGACACGUCUCAUGAAAAAUGCUGGGGUUAUGGCGGUUGAUCUGGAAGGAAAACCAGUUGCUCACUAUCAGGAUCCUGGAUUACCGAUGAUUUCCAGUGGGAUCAAGAUUGGAGAUAAUCUGUACUGCGGUUCUUUAUUCAAUUCCUACAUUCUGCGACUUGACUUGAAUAAACACCCUGCAGUGGAAACCAUGUGACCGAGGCGAAUACAAGACAUGUUGUUUCCAUGUUUUAGCGUCAAGAAAGGCUGCCCAGAGCCUUUGCUUUUUCUCAGAUUAUAAACUCCUGCACUUUUCCGGUUGAAGCUCUUGGCAGAUCUUCAAAAGUGACUGUUCGGGGAGCCCACUUUAUUAUGUGUAUUCACUUUUAGUAUACAAUUUAUGUAUGCGGAUAAUGUGUUAUUAUGUUAUUAAGUAUUAUUUUAUCUU